UCCAAAUUCAAACGUCUGACAGAACAUUUAUUUUUCGAAAUAGUUUUUUUUAUUACCAAACCAGCCUGCAAUUAUAUAAAAGUUCAAACCGAGUAGUGAUUUUUUAAAGUGAUAUUUAUGAUCCGUGGUAUGUGUUAACUUAAAAUGGAGGGGCGGAGGAAUUGGGACGGCAUGCCUUUAGGCGAAUCGCACUCUCCUCCACAAUCAGUGCCAGGCCGAAGAACUCCUUUGGGGGCUGUUGGUCUGGGCGGCUUCUAUAUGCAAGGAGGCCAGCCUCCGCCUCCACAACAUUGCUAUCCCACUGAUGAAAACCAACCGGAACCAGGCACAAGCUAUGGCCAACGGGCUCUUGGUGAUGGAAAAUCGAAACAGAAGAUGCGCCAAGGCAAAAACGUGAGGCUAAACAUAAACGCUAGAGAGAGAAGACGAAUGCAUGAUUUAAACGACGCAUUAGAUGAACUACGAUCUGUGAUUCCCUAUGCCCAUUCGCCGUCCGUUAGGAAACUGUCCAAAAUUGCCACACUACUGCUAGCCAAGAAUUACAUUCUUAUGCAAGCCAGCGCACUCGAGGAGCUACGAAGACUCGUUGCCUAUCUCCAAGGCACUGCUACAGCCGCAGGCAUCGUCGCCCCACCAGGCUUUGAUCUAGCGGGUCUACCGGCAACUACUAAACUUCUUCAGCCACCAUCAUUGGGUCCACCAGCACCUCCUGAUCCACCUUCUUGAGACCCAAUGGUAAAAAUGGAACCUCAUUGAUACUAUGAAUUGCCGUCUGAAGUAUAUAAUAGGAAUAUAGGUGUUAAGGAAAAGAUAUGUAUGGAGGUAACUUUGUAGAAUAACUGUCCUGUCUCUAUAGAAAUAGAUGUUACCUUAAUUAUAGUGUUAAAUACUCUAGAAAUAUUUUCAGUGUGAGUACGAUAUCCUUUAGAAAUGGGCAUCCCAGCAAAGUUUCUUGUAUUCUCUGAAUAUCACACAAACGUACGGGCGUCCGAUUCAAUUCCAUCAAUCCAAAAUUAUAUCGUCAUGUAUGUUGAAAUGACACUGACAGCUGACAGUGAAAUUUUGGAUAUAGAAUGCUCUCUAGCUCUAUAUCUCUAUAGCCCCGAGACAAAAUCGCGACAUGAAACGUCGUAAAUAUGUGAAUUAGAUGUUACUAUCAAUCCUUAGCAUUAGCAGGUCCCAGAUGCCACAAAAUACUACUAAAGUAGCAAAAAUUAUGGGGUGACAGAAAAGGUUAAGUUACGUCACAUAAAAAAUAAUAGUGACAACAUGCAGCGGGAAAGAACAUUUUUUUAUCUUUACGGAAACAUAAUUAUAUGUUCUUAAUAAAUUAGAGUGGUGGAAACGCACUUAGCUUAGUUUUUCAUCCACCAGAAUGCUCUUGAUGCUUAAAGUUGCUCAAGAUACUAUUUUAUUGGAAUAAUUAAAUAUUAAAAAUUAUUCGCGCCAUUUUGUUUGCUUGAAAACGGUGAUAUAAGCGGCAAAUGGCUACGUUUUGAUACUAUGUAGGAUUAUUGGACAUAUAUAACCAUGUGCGGAUUGUGAAUUUGUGGGGCUCUGGGCUAUUACAGGAAAGUCCCCUGUAGAAAUGCACACGCGAAAAAAUACACCGAAAGAAAACAAGCGACGGUGAAUUCUCCAAACCUUGAUAAGAUUUUAUUAAAUUUUAGAUAUCUUUUUAAUUUAAAAAGAUAUUAUUUUCAGUGGGACCUUGGGGCCCUUAAGUAGUUCCGCCCCUGUAUAUACCAUCCUUUUAAUACAUCCACCACCAUAACUUAAGACUUUAAUAGUCAUUUAUAAGUCUAGGAAGUGUAAAGGGUGGCAAUAUUCUUGUUUGUAAAGUUCAUAAGAUUAUAAAUCUUUUAAUUUUUUGUAUGAUUUAUUAUUAUAAAUAUCAUUUUAAUUAUUACGUACGAAGUACUUAAUGCUCAUAACAGUCAACAAUGCUCAUCUUAUACUGUCCAGUGCUUAUUUCGAAGAAAUACAACAAAUUUUUCACGAUUCUCGUUUAUACGUAGAAGAUU